UCCGCUAACUACACAUUCGAACUUCCUAAACACACCCUUCAACCCCCUCCUUCCCCUAGACAACCUUAUAUCCCUUUGCAGAUCUAACCGCAAUAUACGAAAUGCGCUACUUUGCAUCUGUUGCACUUUCUCUUUCAUCGAUCUCGGUUGCCUUUGCUGCACCGCUCACUGCUGCCGAAGCCGCUGCUCAGAGCAACCCCAAUGCCCUUCUCGGCGGUGCUGUUAACACUCUGGGCCCAAUCACAGGAGCUGUCGGUGACACUGUCUCGGGUCUCCUCUUUGGAACCGGUUCCAAAUCUGGGUCGCCCUUGCCUCCGGUCGAGAAGCCUCCGGUUGUGAAUCCUCCUGUUUCUCGGCCUCCCGGCGACUACGAUACUAACCAUGGCGGAUACAAUGGCGGUGCCCCUGGUGGCUACAGCGGCCAUGGUCCCGAGGGUGGUGAGCACGGUAACGGUGGCUAUGUGGCCCAUGGUCCUGAGGGUGGCUACAAUGGUCAUGGUCCUGAGGGUGGUGACCACGGCCACGGCGGCUACGAGGGUGGUGAUCACGGUAAUGGUGGUUACGAGGGGUGGCGAGCAUGGCCACGGUGGCUACGAGGGCGGUGAUCACGGUCAUGAGGGUGGCGAGCAUGGCCACGGUGGCUACGAGGGGCGGUGAUCCACGGUCAUGAGGGUGGUGAGCACGGCCACGGCGGUUACGAGGGUGGCGAGCAUGGCCACGGCGGUUACGAGGGGUG